CCAAAGUGACUGUCGCUGCCAUCUGACCGCUCAAAUCGUUGCCUUGUCGUUACAACGAUAGUACAAGCGCAUAUCUUGCCUUCUGCAAUAGGCUGUUGGAGAAAGAUCACCGAAAAAUCUAUUUUUCCCUUAUGAAGACACCCGCUAUACAUCUAAAUCACUUCAAGAUUUGUGUUUCUUCACGGUAUACGAUUUUUAUUCCGCAUAUUCCUAAAUAUUCUUAGUUCUUAUUUUUAUUGGUCAAGUUUUUUUUAUAUAACUUACUUUCUGGGAUUGAUUCUCUUGCAUCAUCUGCGCAAAGAUUAUCAACGACCAGUAUAGGCUGUUAAAAAAAAACAGGAGAUACCACAAAAAGUGGGAUGCUCUUUGACGCCGGACUAAGUCAGUAGGUUACCGAAGUGCUUUCACAUAAUCAGAAUGUAAGAAAACAUAGACAGUCGAAGAGGACGCGGAGUGCAGGAUAGAAGAGACGAGACUGAUUUCAAAAAAGAAAGAAGGAGAAAAAAAAAACAAUCAGAUGAAAUAUGAUUCCACCGGCGAACGUGAUCCCGGACAACAGCGUCGGUAAAGAAAACGAUCGGGAUCAGCACGUGCUGCCUCAGUCACCGUCGUCCAGCAUCAGCCAGCAGGAAUCAAAGCUGCAGAAGCUGAAGCGGUCGCUGUCCUUCAAGACCAAGAGCCUGCGCAGCAAGAGCGCCGACAACUUCUUCCAGCGGGCCAACAGCGACGUGCGGCUGCAGGUGGACCUGCUCCCGCAGGUGAGCGUCAGCGUGGGUCACCUGAGCGCCAGCGACCUGCCGGGCUCCGCCCCCGCCCCCGUCCCCGGCCCCGCCCCCUCCCUCUGCUCCCCCGUCAGGACAGGCCCCGCCCAGAACGACGCCGCCUCCGCCGCCCACAGCUUCCUGGAGCACGUCUUCAAGAAGCCCACCUUCUGCGACGUCUGCAAUCACAUGAUCGUGGGCACCACCACCAAACACGGCCUCCGAUGCAAAGCCUGCAAAAUGAGCAUCCAUCACAAGUGUGCCAACGGCGUGGGCCAGCAGCGAUGCAUGGGGAAACCGCCUAAGGGAUUCCGGAGGUACUACAGCUCUCCCUUGCUGAUCCAGGAACAGUUUGGCUGCAUUAAGGAAGUCAUGCCGAUUGCUUGUGGGAGCAAAGUAGACCCAGUGUAUGAGGCCUUGCGCUUCGGUACAUCCCUGGCACAGAAAACCAAGAGGACCAGCACGGGCAGCGGGUCCGAUUCGCCCCAUCGAAAUUCGACCAGCGAUUUGGCAGAAGUUCCGGAGGAGGGCGUGGCCCACGGCAGCAGGGCGGAGCUAACCAGGAAGCACAGCGACAAUGUAUUUCUGCCUCUGGAAAAUGGAACCGAACAUUUUCCUAUGAGAGACCAAAAGCCUGAAGACUCCCCGGUGAGGUGUCACCUGCGGAAGGACGUGCUGCAGCUGAACACCUACGUGGCCCUGCACCACUUCAUCCCUCAGGACAGCCAGGACCUGGAGAUAAGACCCGGAGACAGAAUCCUGCUGCUGGACGGCUCCGGUGAAAACUGGUGGAAGGGCGUGAACGAGGGCAGGAUUGGCUUCUUCCCCGCCUCUUUCGCCCAGCAGGUGCGCGCAGGUGACAGGGUGCUCCGCUGCCACCGCACCUUCAUUGGCUGCAAGGAGCAGGGCCAGAUCAGCGUGAAGGAGGGCCAGAUCUGCGUGAGCAGUGAGGAUGAGCGCGGCGACUUCAUCAGAGUGACCAGCGGGAAGAAGAGAGGCUUCGUGCCCUGUGACAUCCUGGAGGACAUCUAAGACCAUGUGACCACUGGCCAUAAGGCCAUUGGCCAUUCAGCCAAUCAGGGCUCACCAUUCACCUACAGUCUAGAGAGUAACCACUGCCGCAUCCAGUCCAGAAUUAGAGAGAGGGACAGCGAGAGAGAGAAGAGAAAAUGAGACAGAGAGAAAAGGAGAGAGGGAGAAAGGGAGGGAGAGAGAGUGGGUAAGAUAAAAAAAUUAGACUGACAGAGAGAGAGAGAGAGAGAGGGAGAGAAAGAAAGAGAAAGAAAAAGAGAGCAAGGGUUGCUGGAACUGGAUGGGCAACCCUGCCAGGGACAGUGAGUGGUUCUGUCCCAGGUCUGCAGAUGUGGUUGGACUCCGGUGGACUGGCUGCUGAAGGGGAUUUGUCGAAAUUGGGACAGACUUCCUCCUUAUCCUCCUUGUGAUUGGAGGAGCAGUCAGGACGCAUUGCAUCUUUAAUUAGUAAAUAAGGGAAGUACACAGUGUUUUAUAGAUAUAUACUCCAUAUAUAUUUAUAUAUUUUGUUUUAUAUUUAUUUAAGUGGAAUGGCUGUCCACUGCUUGUUUCUGUGCAAAAUAAGAAAAUUUAUAUGAAAAAAAAACUGUCAGUUGAGGGGAUGGGGGG